AUGCUCCUCUUUUCUUCAACUCUUCUGCUCUGCCAGUACCGUCCUGCUCUCCUCCUGUGCUCUGCUGGUCUGUUGCCUCUGUGCUCCUCUUAUCCUGCGUUGCUCUUCUUCUUCUAUGCUCCUACUCAACCCCCUAUCUCCCCACGUUCCAUGCCCAUUUUCUGCCUCGCUCUCCUCCUGUGCUCUGCUGGUCUGCUGCCUCUGUGCCCCUCUUCUUAUCCUACGUUGCUCGCCUUCUAUGCUCCUACUCAACCCCCUAUCUCCCCACGUUCCAUGCCCAUUUUCUGCCUCGCUCUCCUCCUGUGCUCUGCUGGUCUGCUGCCUCUGUGCCCCUCUUCUUAUCCUACGUUGCUCGCCUUCUAUGCUCCUACUCAACCCCCUAUCUCCCCACGUUCCAUGCCCAUCUUCCGCCUCGCUCUCCUCCUGUGCUCUGCUGGUCUGCUGCCUCUGUGCCCCUCUUCUUAUCCUACGGGUGGGAGCGGGAGGAAAGGAGAAGGUGGGGUUGGGGAGGAGGGGGGCGAAGGUGUGGAGUGGGGUGGGGUGCGGUGGCAAGGGGCGGAUCUGGUACAGGAGUGGGUUGCCAGGAUGUGGGAUGAUUGUGAAAAAAAGGAUAGGCGGGGGGAGGGAGGCAGGAGAAAUGGAGAGACAGGCAUGGAUGUUGUGUGUGGGAAGGGAGGGGCAGAGGGACGAGACAAACGGAAAGGAAAAGAAGUGGUGGCGGAAGCAGGAAUAGGGAGACGGAGAGAAGGGGUGUGUUGGCACGAGCAGCACAGGCACAGGACAGGGAGCAGACACAGCGGAUACAGGAGGAGCAGCAGUAGAAGCAGGAGAGUCACUCACUUUGGGGAUGUGGUGGGGGGGAUGAGUGGGAGAAGAGUGAGGGGGCUUUGCUUUGUGUGGCCGAGGUCUAUGGGAGAUAUGCUGGCGAGCGAGAGAGAGGCGGUGUGUGGGUUGCUGGAGGGGGCUGCGAGGGGAUGGAGAGGAGGGGAGAGCGAGGAGGGAGUGGGGGAAGGAAGCGGGGAGGGAGAGGAGGGAGAGGAGGGGUUGGGGAGGGGGAGCUGGGGGUGUGUUUGGUGUGGGAGACAGGGGUGUGAUGGGCUGAUUGGGGCUGUUGGUGAGUUAAGGAGAGUGUUGGAGAGAGUGGGGAGGGGGAAGGAAGAGAGAGUGGGGAGGGGGAAGGAAGAGAGAGUGGGGAGGGGGAAGGAAGAGAGAGCUCAGGGAUGGGGAGCAGGAGAGGGAGGGAUACGGAGGGGAGGGAGGCUGUUGAUUGGGGAGGAGGAUGAGGGCAAGGAGGAAGAGGAGGAGGAGGCGAAAGGGACAGGAGGAUGGGGGAGAGAGAGUGGGAAGGAGAAGGGGCGGGGAGUGAGAGAAGAGGAGAAGGGUGUCGGAGGAGGGGAGGGAGGGCUUGCUGUCGCCAGCAAGAGAGGGAUUUGGAACGGUAGGAAUGGAUUGCUUAAGUGCGGGGAAGGAGGGGAGGAGUGUGGGAGAGAGGAGGGACGGGAUGGGAAAGCAGCCAAGGGGAAAGGUGGUAGUGGGAGAGAUGGGGUGGCUGCUGCUGCAAGAGGUGAUGACAGGGGUUAUAGAGGGGAAAGGGGCCUUGGUGGUGAUGGUGAUGGUGGUAGUGAUGAGAGUGAUGGGGAUGACGAUGGGGCUAUUGGGUUCAUUCCCUUGAGUGAUGCAAGGCCUCAGAAGGUGAAGGCAGGGGCAAAGAAUAUGGAUGCUGGUGCUGAUGGUCGGGACGAAGGGAGUGUGGGCGUGAGCGGUGCUCCACUGAGAGGGAAAGCUGAAGAGGGAGUGAAGGAGAAAGAAGGACUGAGAGUGAACGAGUCAAGAGAGGGAGGUGCUAAGGGUCCUGAGACACCAGCAAAGCAGAGAGAGGGGGGAACUGUUGUAAAGGGGGGAGUGAAAGAGGCAGAGAGAGUGAGUGGUUUGCAGGUGAGAGUGAAAGCGGAGCCAGUAGAGGAUGUGGUGAUGGGGGGGAGAGAGGGGGAGGUGGGACGAGUGGGGGAGUUGGGGAAGGUGGGGACAGUGGCGGAUGGAGGAAUACAAGAGAUCGCAGGAGUGAAGGCUGAGGAGAGAGAGGAGGGGGAGGUGAGGGAGGGGGAUAUGGAGGAGGAAGAGGAGGAAGAAGAGGAAGAGGAGGGAAAGGAAGGAAAGGAGGGAGAAGGAGGUGAGGGGAACGAGAGAGGAGAGGGGAAGGGGGAGGAGGAGAGGGAGAGAAGGAAGGCUGGGGCGAGUAUGCGGAAGGAUAAUGAGGAGGAGGAAGCUGAUAGUGAUAGUGAUGAUAGUGAUGAUAGUGAUGGUAGUGAUGAUGGUAGUGAUAGCGAAUACAAGGUUGAGGAGGAGAAGGAUGAAGAUUCUGAUAGUGAUGGGGAUGGUGAUGGGGAUGGUGAUGUGGUUGAAGUGAAGAAAGAGAGGGUGGAGAGUGGGGAGAGAAUUGGUGCGGUGGGAGGCGGUGCGGUGGGAGGUGGUGUGGUGCGAUUUGGUGGAGUGAGAACAGAAGAGAGAGCAGGAGCAGGAUUUGGAGUUGGAAGGGAAGGGGAAAGGGGAGGAGCAUUAGUAGGGGUAUGGGGAGCGGAAGAAAGAGGGCUGGGGCGAGGGGUAGGGGGAGGGGGAGGGGGAGUGGGAAGAGGGGAAGGGGAUGAGAGAGGGACGGGGGCAGCCGAAUUGGGAACGAAAGGCUUUGAUUCUGGGUUUGCUGGUCGGAGCGAGCAAAGGGGUGGGUUUGGUGGUGGUGAGAACGAGCAGAACGGGGGGCUUGGGAACGAACACGAGCAAAGGGAUAAGUUUGAUGAGAACACUGGAGAGGCAGUGGCAGAAUGGUUGAUGGGCACUAUGGGGAUGCAAGAGAGGAAAGCGAGGAAGAUUGUAGAGAGGACAAGGAAGGAUGCGAGGAUGGGGGGGUGGGAGCUGGAGCGGUGGGUGGCAGAGGCUGUGGAUUUUGCUGCUGCUGCUGAGGUGCAUGAGAGGAUGGUGGAGGAAGAGGAGGAAGAGGAGGAGAGAGAGGGAGAGGAGCAGAAGCAGGAGGAGGAGGAAGAUGAGGAGGAGGAGGGGGGAGGUUAUGGUGAGGAUGAAGGAGGGAAGUACGGAGAAGGAUGGGGUCGCGUUGGUGGCGGUGUUGGCAGUGGUGUUGGUGGUGGUGUUGGCGGCGGUGGUUUCAGGGGUGGUGGUUUCGGAGUUGGUGGCUUAGGUGGUUCGGGCCUCACCCGUCCACCCACCACCUCAGCAGUCUCACGUGCUCCACCUCACUCCCCAGCACCCAGAGCAGCACCCUUUAGACCCAGCGAUCAGGCGGGGCCCAGCAGGGUUGGAUGCGGUGAUGAGCGGUGGGGGAACAACGCAGCCAGGGGUGGUGGUGAUGGGUGGGGUACCAAGGUUGGAUGCGGUGGUGAGCGGUGGGGGAAUAACACAGCUAGGGGUGGUGAUGAGGGGUGGGACAGCGGGGUUGGAUGCGGUGGUGAGCGGUGGGGGAACAAUACAGCCAGAGGUGGUGGUAUGGGGACGGUGGGGGCAGGGGGUUUUGGUAAGGGAGGGGUAGAGCGACAGCUGGCACGGAUGCUGACUCAGCGUGACAGCGUGGCAGGAGGUUUGAAGGAGGAGGGGUGGGAGGGAGGGAGUUGGGGAGGAUUGGGGGGAGGGAGAGGGUUCGGAGGAGGGGGGUUGAGAGGAGGGAGAGGAGGGGGAGUGAAGGGCGGGGCAGCAGCGGGUCAGAAGCGCAGGGCGAGUGGUGGAAGGGGCAAUGUGUCCAAGGCAAGUAACUCACAUUCUUGCGUUGUCGAAGCGGGUCAGAAGCGCAGGGCGAGUGGUGGACUGGGAAAUGCUUCCAAGGCAAGUGUGGCGAGUGGUGGACUGGGAAAUGCUUCCAAGGCAAGUGGGGCGAGUGGUGGACUGGGCAAUGCUUCCAAGGCAAGUGUGGCGAGUGGUGGACUGGGAAAUGCUUCCAAGGCAAGUGUGGCGAGUGGUGGUCUGGGAAAUGCUUCCAAGGCAAGUGUGGCGAGUGGUGGACUGGGAAAUGCUUCCAAGGCAAGUGUGGCGAGUGGUGGACUGGGAAAUGCUUCCAAGGCAAGUGUGGCGAGUGGUGGACUGGGAAAUGCUUCCAAGGCAAGUGUGGCGAGUGGUGGACUGGGAAAUGCUUCCAAGGCAAGUGUGGCGAGUGGUGGACUGGGAAAUGCUUCCAAGGCAAGUGUGGCGAGUGGUGGACUGGGAAAUGCUUCCAAGGCAAGUGUGGAGAGUGGUGGACUGGGCAAUGCUUCCAAGGCAAGUAAGCGACCCCCCCUGCCUGCGCCCAGCCUCGUGCAUUCCUCUCGCGGCGUGCAAGCCAUCCACCCCACCCAUCCCGCGACCCCCGAAACGCCCGUCCGCUGCGACCCCACCAACUUCUAUCCCUCUCACUUGCUUCCUUCCUGCCCCCCUUUCCUCCCUUCCCCCCCUGCCUCCCCUGCCCCUCCUUUCCUUAUCCUCUUACAGAAGCGAAACCUUCCGCCCGCGCCCAACCUCAAGCGAAACUUUCCGCCUGCGCCCAACCUCGUGCACUCCUCUCGCGGCAUGCAAGCCAUCCACCCCACCCACCCGGCGACCCCCGAAACCCCUUUCCGCUGCAACCAUACCAACUUCUCGCGCAUGUGUGGCUUCGGCGGGAUUCCCCGCAUCAUGCCCUACCAGCGAAACCCUGCUGACUUGAAGCUCGCUCCCAGGAGUAUCAUGAUCUAUGUGGAGAAUAUCAGGGAUGCGGAGUGGGGUUACAUGUCAAACCAGCUGUUCUCUCUGCCGGUGGAGUUUGUUGACAGUGCCCACCUCGGCGUGUGCAGCAGGAAGAGAGGGUACAUCCACAACUUACCCACACAAAGCCGGUGGCUGCCCGAGGAGGUUCGAAACUGCCCGAAAACGAUCUCCGAGGCGUUUCCCUGCUUGACGCAGUUUUGGCCGCGCUGGGACCCUCGGGAAAAGCUAAAUGUGAUUAACACGCAGGCGUUUGGAGUGGAUGUGAGGCUGCAGGAGUGGAAUGAUAAGCUGCAGAUGCACGGUGCUUAUGGGCUUGCUCCGGAGACACAAACAGAGCUGCUGAAAUACAUCAGAAAGUACAAUCUGCUGUGGAUUGAGCGCAACCGCCUCGCUCCGCUGAAGGUGAAGCAGCUGGAGAUGCUGAUGGGAUACCCGGAGGGGCAUGUGAGCGUGGUCACCAACAACAAGACCAGCAGAUAUAAGAUGCUCGGAAACACCUUCCACGUGCCCACCGUCGCUCUCCACCUCUCAGUCCUGCGCCGCCUCAACCGCCCUAUCCGGGUCCUCUCGCUCUUCUCAGGCAUCGGUGGCGCCCUAGUAGCGCUCCACAUGGUGAAAGUCCCUGUGAUCUGCGCCGUGAGUGUGGAGUUUGAGAAAAGCUGCCGCGAUGCCGAGGGGAGGUGGUGGAGGGAAACCGCAAUGGCGGAGGAGAGGGCUGGGAGGGAUGGGGUCAACCAGAUGCUGGGGGAGUUAUUGCAGCUGUAUCACAAUGUGAGCUGGGGGUCGGGGUCGGGCAAGGAGGUGAUAGACGCGUUCGUGCAGGCGCUGAGCAGCGACUCGGGCAGCCAGGGCAGCGCGGCGGACGCGAGUGUGAAGGGGUGGUGGGCCAUUAGUACCGCUUACUACCAGUCAGGCUCUGGCGGGAAGAAGAAUGUCAGUUCCAAGUGCCCCGACGCGUGCGGGGUAGAGAGCACGUCACCCAACGGGAAGCCGGGUAUUGACGCUACUAUCUCCACGCUCGCGCAUGAGCUCACCGAAGCUGCCACCGACCCUGAUGCGAAUGCGGGGUGGUUCGACGACGACGGCGAGGAGAAUGCGGACAAAUGCUCGUGGGAAUAUGGCACCACAAAGACUGGUUACCAGCAGAGCGGGCAGAGCUACAAGUACAAUGUGGUGGGGCUGAAUGGGAUGAAGUUCCUGGUGCAGCUUAACUGGGACCGCGUGAAGAGCAAGUGCGUCCUGCAGAGUGCCCUGCCUAGUGCUGGUGGUGGCGGGGGGGGGAACUCCCCCCCCCCCCUCCGCCAACUGGAGGCAGCGUGA